CGCCCCCAAAGACAUGUCCAGAGCUGCGGCACUCACAACUCUCAGUCUACGACGAGCAGCUACAUCAUACCGUGCGCCCCUUGCAAAGGCUUCUUUGACCUCCACCUCGACGACGACGACGACAAUCCCAUCCGUGUCCGCCGCAGCCGUCUCCAGGCUCCGUACUUCCCACCACCACCUCUUCUCCACCUCGGCAACCAGCUACAACAAGAUGAAGGCUGUUAUCAUCAAGGACGGCAAGGGACCCGCUGAUAGCCUCUACAUUGGCGAGAUUGACACGCCGUCGCCGGGCAAGAAUGAGCUGCUCGUCAAGAACAAGACUUUCGGCCUGAACAGAAUGGACAUCCUCCAGCGCGAGGGCAAGUACGCUGUCCCGCCCCAGGCUGGUCCCACUCUUGGUGUCGAGUUCGCUGGCACUGUCGUCCAGGUCGGCGAGGGCACGAGCCUGUACAAGGUCGGCGACGAGGUGUUUGGCCUCGUCUACGGCGGUGCCUACGCCGAGUACGUCGUCGCGCACGAGGACAUGACCCUUCCCAAGCCCAAGGAGCUGUCGUGGGAGGAGGCGGCCGGCGUGCCCGAGAACUGGUUGACGGCCUUCCAGGCCCUGUUCAUCGAGGGUAACCUCAAGAAGGGGGACAACGUCCUCAUUCACGCUGGCGCGUCGGGCGUCGGUGUCGCGGCGAUCCAGCUCGCCCUCCACGUCGGCGGCGCCAACCAGGUGUUUGCGACGGCUGGCUCGGACGAGAAGAUCAAGUUCAUCAAGGAGGAGGUCGGCCGCGGCUCGGACAAGGUCCACGCGACCAACUACAAGACGCAGGACUUUGAGACCGAGAUCAAGAAGGUGACUGACGGCGUCGACCUCAUCGUCGACUUUGUCGGCAAGGACUACUUUACGCGCAACCUCAAGCUCCUCCGCCGCGACGGCUACCUCAUCUACCUUGCCUUCCUGUCCGGCCCGGUGCUCGACGGACCCACCAACAUUGGCCCGCUUCUCGCCAAGCGCCUCACCGUCCGCGGCUCGACCCUCCGCUCCCGCGACCUCGCGUACCAGAGCAACCUGCUCCACCGCUUCAAGGACGAGGCGCUCCAGAAGGUCAAGGACGGCGAGCUCAAGGUCUUUAUCCACGAGGUCUUCCCCUGGACCGAGGUCGUCAAGGCGCACAAGGAGAUGGAGGCGAACAAGAACAGCGGCAAGAUUGUCUUUGAGAUCCCGCAGUAAGGAGCAGCAGCAUGCAUGAAUGAAGUGG